GCUACUGAGUUGAGGGAUGCGACAUCCCCCUUGGAAGAAGAUGACUUAAAAUAUUUACAUGAAGCCCUUUAUAAAGUACGUGAUAAAUCCAAACCCUUGGGUUUACAAAUUGGCCUCAAAAUGAGCGACAUAAGGGCAAUUGAAGCCAAGCUAACUGAUCCCGGUGACCAACUGCUUGAAGCAUUAAGUGUUCGUUUAAAACAAGCCGAAACUCUCACAUGGAGUGACAUUGACAAAGCACUUAGAUCAGAUUGCGUAAGCGAGGGUAAGACAGCAGAUGACAUUCGUAAGAAGUUUGUUCGCUCUAAGCCAAGCGUUAUUGACGUAUUCUCUGACUCCUCCGACUCGGAUGACUGUGAUGGCCUUCCGGAGAUUGAGUUGUCUGGGGAGGAGAGCAAAAAACUCAGGAGAUUAUUUAAACGUUCGUUUGGUAAACUAUGCUGCCUCAAUUUCAACCCCAUUGAAACUGCUGCAUGUCUUCAGAAAAAAGGUAUUAUAUCAGUUGUAGUGAUGAAGGAUAUGCUCAUGUCACCUGAGUCACGACAAGCAAAGAUCAUUAGUUUGGUUAGUGGUUUGGAUGUGAAGAUAAAGAAACGACCAGACCUUCUCCUUGGGAUAAUUGAAGUUUUUAAAGAAAGUGAUGUUCUUCGAGAAGAAGGAGAUGAAAUGUCUAAGCAUGCAAGCAAAAUAGUUCCAAGAUUCUUUUGUCACAAAAAUGUUCCAGACGCUGUGGUUUGCUCAUCAGAAGUUUCAGUGAGCAAUAAACAGACACAAGAGGAAGAGAUUGCUAUUUCACAACAAUCAGAAACGCCUGAAAGAGCAGGUAAUAGUGCAGCAUCAUCAGAGAAAGUAAGUCAGUCUGUACCAGAAUCCAGCUUAAGUCCUGUGUUGAGCAAGUAUAAGGAGUACCUACUGUCUUGUUACAAAGCUAGAGCUCUUGCUCCAGCAGACAAGUAUCUUUCCACCCUAGAGGCUCCCUAUAUUAAUCUGGCCAUAAUAAGAAGGGGGUUACUCUAUAACCCUGAACAAAGAGAUGAAUUUAGCAGGAGAAUGUUGUACGGGGGAGUUGACGAAAUACUUGAGAGCAAGAAACCAAUCCAUAUCGAAAAUUUGUUGACUCCGGAACACAGUGGUAGGCCAGUCAGGUUCAUUCUGGUAGAAGGUCCUCCAGGGAUUGGUAAGAGUACCUUUGUCUGGGAGGCAUGCAGACGAUGGGACGAGAUAGAAAGCCUCAGAGAUUACCACACUGUGGUGCUGCUUAAGUUGAAGGAAAAGUGGGUCUUAAAUGCAGUGUCACUUUCAGAUCUAUUCAGAUGUCCGUUUCAGCCUGAAUUAAGCAAAAAUAUUGCGCUAGAAUUGCAUAAUACCCAAGGGAAAAAUUUUUUAAUGGUUUUAGAUGGGUUUGACGAGAUUUCUCUCAGUUUCGACGACAAUUCUGUCGUAAAAAGUAUUUUAUGCCGGCAACUUUUGCCAGAAUGCACCAUCAUUGUCACAACAAGAUCAUCAGCUAAACACACCCUUAAAAGUAUCUGCCAGCCCCAAAUUGAUAAACAUAUAGAAAUUGUAGGGUUCACAGAGGAAGAAAGAGUGAGGUAUAUCACUGAGGUUUUCAGUGAGAAACCAGGGCUUGAAGUGAAUUUCUUAAAAUACAUGUUUCUUGUCCCUCAUGUCAAGUCAAUGAUGUACAUUCCACUUAACUGCGCCAUUAUAGCACAAGUCUAUUACGAGUCUCAGAGUAGCCGCCACCUUGCUUUACCGAGAACGAGAACGCAGCUAUACAGGGCACUCGUUCAUUCAGUCCUUGUUCGACACAUGAAGAUGAAGGAAGAUGAUCGUGAGUUUACAAGCACGCUUCCAGAAAGUCUGAAUGACCACGAGAUGAAAAAGUUCAAGGCUUUUGCUAAGUUUGCCUUCGACACAUAUCACGAAGGAAAUUCAGAUUUAUUUUACGAAACGUGUGAAACAAGAAAGGGAACGUUUUUCAAAGAGGACAUUCCCGAGGGAUUGGUUCAUUUUGGUUUUAUGAAUGAAUCCACUGAAAUGUAUGCUGGGAAAGGGGUAGAGCGAGCGUUCUCAUUUGUGCAUCUGAGCCUGCAGGAAUACCUGGCAACUUGGCACCUUACUAGUACCUACAGCAUUGAAUUUCAGGUCGCUUAUCAUAAACUGGCCGUUGAUGGUGAUUUAAUGUAUAGAGGUAAAAGCAGAGACGAAAAAGCCCUUAUAUCAUCUUUAUGGCAACAAAGGUCAUCUCUGGUUGAACCAGCCAUAUUCCUAGCUGGCAUUACUGGCUGGAAAGGUCAAUCAGAAGAUGAUAAAAACCACUGGGAACUGUAUCUCAGUAAUGAUACUGCUAAUAUCAAAGAUCCCAGUGUCCUUUUACGGUCUCUUUACGAGGCUCAAAACCCAGCUAUCCUAUCACACUAUUUUUUAGCUGAAACGAGGAGCGGUUGCAGGCGGGAUGUCUCCAUUGGCCACUUUUCCUCGUCUUCGCAGUCCAUUCAGGCACCAUAUGAUUGCUAUGCCCUGUCCUACUGCCUGGCACAUUCCUCUGACAUAUUCAAUCUGUCACUGGGUGUUAGAAGAGAUAAUGAUAUUUCACUCGUGGAAACAUUUGUAAAAGGUCUUGAAGACCACUGCAAAUAUGCGAGGCCAAGAGUUAGAGAGCUCAAUGUUGAGCUGGAAAUUGAAUCACAGCCGAUUUCCACUACAGUAGUGUCUUGGCUAUUGAAAGCAAAUUGUUGGACUGAACUUGAGACUAUGAAAUUUGAGUGUCACUCCACUAUAGGUAGUGACGUUGUUCAGCAUUUGCUACGAAACCUUCGAAAAUUGAAAUUCAUUUAUAUCAGUAUUGGAUCUUGGGAGUGGCUUCCAGCGUUGAAGUCCCUUGGUAAUCAUGAGCUUAAAGGAUUUCACAUUACUAACAAAAAAAGUCGCCCAACACAAAAGUAUGCUCCGUAUUUCCACAGGCAAGCAGUCCCUAAUUGGACAGAGGCCGUUCUUGAUGUUGAAUUUCCUUCUACUACCAUUAGGUAUGAAGUCUCCUACUCAAUACAUUUAGGUAUCGAUUCACUCUUAAAAUCAGUCCAAAGAUCAAAUGAAUUUACUGAAAUGAAGCUGCACGAUAUAUCUCGUGAGACCAUGGCUGGUGUAUACAGCAUCUUACUACGUUGUUCCAGUCUUGCCACAUUGGAAAUUAAGAUGGGUAAACUUGGCUACGAUGGAAUUAUUUACAUAUGCAGCGCUCUGAUAAAAAACACAGCCCUAAGACAUCUUGUGAUUCAUGACGAUUUGCAUUUACCGCCCAAAAGAGGGAGAAGGAAAUAUGGCAAUAUUGAUUUUACAUCCCUGUCAUCAGCGAGACACAUUCCUCUACCAAGUAAAACAACCUGCACCGACUUCCUUCUACAACUUAAUACAAUUUUGAAACACAAUACCACCCUGAAAGAGGUAAAGAUCCAGACUGGACUGUUCCUCCCUCUAUCAGCAGGUAGACAUUGUGAAUAUUGCCAGUGGACAGGACUUGGACCUCUUCAACAGUUCAAUGUGGGGGCCGUUGCUAGUGGCAUGUCUCAUAAUCUCAGGAGAUCAUUCUCAUCAUCAGACAUGACUCAGCCU